CGAGAGGAAGGAGUGUGGAGGAGCAUCCCAUGCGCGAGUAGAUCCUGAACAGUUGUUUUGGGGCAUAUUGGUGGUGGUGGUGAUAAGAAGUCAUUCUGUCUGGAGCACAAGUCGUGAGAAAGGAACACUGUGUCUUCUGUAUCCUGAUUUUUGUGGCAGCCAAGAAAGGUCAGCGAUGUAGAAUAUCAAAGUAAAUGGAGUCAUGUUGACUGUGUGUCCCGCAUGGUUAAGAAACUCCCACUCCACAUGAAGGCGAUGGAUCAUGGGCCAUCAUGAAGCAGGCCCUGCUGGUCUUAGUGACCCCAUCUCCCCCUGAUGUCUGUGACACGUCUGCCUCUCUGGACCAUAGCUGAAAAGAAGCACCAUGGUCUGACCUCACCUCUGACUGAGUCUCAACGCACAGCUACUCAGUGGGUCAGGUGCCUGUGUUUGGAAUGGUGAUGCUUUGAAAGUUUUGGAAGAGUAUGGGGGCCUGAAGGACUUUGGUUUGGAGGACAUUUAGUUUAUUUAAGAGAGGGUGUUUUUUCCUGCCUGGUUGGAUAUUUGUUUUCCGAAGAAGGGACGUGUGGAUAAUAAAGGAGGCCAAUGAAGAAGAUGGAGUCAGGGGCAGAGGCCCCACCACCACAGCAGCAGAGGAGGAAGCCAGUGAUGCAUGGCUUGGAGGACCAGAAAAAGAUUUACACGGAUUGGGCGAACCACUACUUGGCGAAGUCGGGGCAUAAGCGACUCAUCAAAGAUUUGCAGCAAGACGUGUCGGAUGGAGUAUUGCUUGCGGAAAUUAUUCAGGUUGUAGCCAAUGAGAAGAUUGAAGACAUCAAUGGAUGCCCAAAGAGUCGCUCGCAGAUGCUCGAGAACAUCGAUACCUGUUUGAGUUUUCUGGCGGCCAAAGGUGUGAACAUACAGGGUCUGUCUGCGGAAGAGAUCCGUAAUGGGAAUCUGAAGGCCAUCCUCGGGCUCUUCUUCAGCCUGUCGCGCUACAAGCAGCAGCAGCAGAGCCAGCGGCAGCAGAGCCAGCAUCAUCCCCCGCAGGUCUCGCAGAGCAGCACCCCUGCCCAGCUCACGCCCUCGCAUGGGCCUGCCGCCUCCUCUCAGGGUCCCCAGCACGCACACAAAGCACAGGCAGACAUGCAGUCCAGACUCCCCGCCCCCACGUCCAGGAUGGCCACUGCGGGCAGUGAGAGCUCUCCUCGUGGGUCCAUCAGCUCCGCAGGCAACCGCCGCAGCCAGGGCUUCAGUGACAAGUCCAAACCCGUCCCAGCGUUGGCCAAAGACUCAUCAGAAGGUGUGACCUCCCAGCCACCCGGCAUGACUGACCUCGCUCCUUCGUCCUCACUGACCUCCUCCUCCUCCUCUGCCAUCCCGCAGCCCAACGCGGCUAGCAAGCCCUGGAGGACCAAGUCCCUGAGCUCCAAGCACACGGCUACCUCCACCUCCACCUCCACCUCCACCUCCAUGCUCUCCGUCAAGCAGGAAAACCCAGCCAUCACCUCCGCCACCACCAACGGGGCGUCCAAGCAAAUGGUGUCCACCGAGGCGCCGGCCAAAGUGGCGUCCCAGAAGUCCAUGCUGGAGAAGCUGAAGCUCUUCAACAGCAAAGGCGGCUCCAAAGGCGGGUCGUCCAGCCAGCCUGUCCAGCAGACGUCAGGAGACAGCGGGAACGGCAAUGGUGGUGCUCUGAGGGACUCCGGGAUCGUGGUGGACCGCGUGGAGGCCGGCUCAAACACGGACCUGCAGUUGGAGGAGGCCGAGGGCAACGCCCGACCCGUCAACGGAUCCUCCUCUGGAGCGGCGACGGCGACAGUCACCGUCGCCGUGACGACCAGCAGCCCAAAGAUCGCCCUGAAGGGCAUCGCCCAGCGCACGUUCAGCAGGGCACUGACGGCCAAGAAGAGCUCGGUGAAGGGCGCCGAGAAGGAGAAAGAGAAGGAGCGCGCGGCCAAGGACAAGGAGCGGGCGAAGGAGAGCGCCAAACGCACCUCCGUCCCCGAGCAGGGGGAGGCGCGGGACGCCGAGCCCAGGGAGGAGAACGGUACGGGGGGAGGCGCGCCGACCUCGGAGGCCGAGCCCAAACGCGCCUCCAAGAUCGCCAGCCUCAUUCCAAAGGGAGGCAAAGCCGGGGCCGCCAAGAAGGAGGGCUCCGCGACAGCACACAGCGGGAUACCAAAGCCGGGCGCCAAGGCCUCCUCUGGGAUGGGAGCGGGCCAGGGGAAGGGCACGGGGGCUCCCCCUGGUGGCAAAGACGGAGAGAGGCCGCGCAGCAUGCGCCUGGGCGGGGCCCUGGCGCUGCACAGGGACAGCCGACACUCGUCGUCCUCCUCCAGCCUGGCCUCCACCGAGGGCAAGGGCCAGCAGAGCCACAGCGCCGCCCUGGUGGCCAACGCAGCCAUCAACACGGUCAGCGUGCAGCUGCCCCAGCCCCAGCAGCAGUACAGCCACCCCAACACAGCCACUGUGGCCCCCUUCAUGUACAGGUCCCAGACGGACAUCGAUGGCGGCAUCUCUUCAGAGAUGGGCUGUGGAGGCAGGGCUGAUGACCCGGCAAGCUACGGCAAGAGCAGCCAGACCUCCAUAGAAGAUCUGUCAGGUGAAGACCCCGAAACCAGACGAUUACGAACCGUGAAGAACAUCGCAGAUCUCCGACAGAACUUGGAAGAGACCAUGUCCAGUCUGAGGGGCACCCAGGUAUCACACAGCACCCUGGAGACCACCUUUGACAGCAGCGUCACCACGGAGAUCAGUGGGCGGAGCCUGCUGGGCCUGGGCUCACGGGCAGCGCCGCUGUCGUGGCGGAUGGGUCAGUCGAGCCCGCGGCUGCAGGCCGGCGACGCUCCAUCACUGGGCAACAGCUACGGCGGCCGCGGUGGUUCCGGCAGCGCAGGGGGCCAGGGCCGUUUCCUGUACCCGGGCGGGGCCCUCCGUAGGCAGCUGGCCGCUCGCGGCACUGCCCUGUGCAGCCUGGAGCUGAGCGAGCGCGUGGACGACCUGGAGCUCGGCAGCCUCUCCGUGGACGUGACAGGCUACAUGAGUGACGGAGACGUGCUGAGCAAGAACACGCGCACUGAUGACGUCACCAGCGGCUACAUGACGGACGGGGGUUUGAGUCUGUACACACGGCGGCUGAACCGGCUGCCGGACAGCAUGGCGGUGGUGAGAGAGAGCCUCCAUAGGAACGCCUCUACUGGCCAGGGAGAUGCAGACAGUUGGGACGAUAGCAGCUCAGUGAGCAGUGGGAUUAGCGACACAAUCGACACCGAUGACAUCAACACCAGCUCCUCCAUCAGCUCGUACGCUAACACACCAGCCACUACGCGCAAAACCCUGAGCGCACAGCCACAGACAGACUCGGAGAAACACUCAGCAGUCGAGCAGCACUCCGCAUGGUCCAGCGACGAGGUCAAGAGGUCAGACGGAGGUUCGGACAGCGGCGCGAAGAUGGAGCACGGCUCCAAGUGGCGGCGCAACCCCUCGGACGUGUCGGACGAAUCCGACAAGGGUGGCUCAGGCCGUAAGAUCCCUGCCAUCUCGCAGACAGGGUCCUGGCGCCGUGGCAUGACGGCACAGGUCGGGGUGACUUCACCCCGCCCCAAGACUGGCACAACAGCGGGCAGCACUGGCACACUCAAAACUCACAGCACUGGCAAGACAGAUGAUGCUAAAGUGUCAGAGAAGGGCUGCCUGCCUACCCACUCCACCAGCAUCCAGCGUUCGCCCUCCGAUGCAGGCCGCACCAGCGGGGAUGAGGCCCUGAGGAAGCCUUCGUCGUCAUCAGCAUCCUCCUCCUCCUCCACCAACCCCUCCUCCGCACGCAUCCCCACCAGCACGUUUGGGUUCAAGAAGUCCAGUGGCGCCCUGGUGACCACCAGCAGCAUCACCAUGGUGACCGCCAGCGGCGCCACCAUCACCAGCGGCUCGGCCACCCUGGGGAAGAUCCCGAAAUCCGCGGCGCUGGCGGUGGGGGGGCGGGGGUCGGCUCUGAAGGGCUCCGCCGACGGAGGGGUGGCGGCCCACGAGGACGGCUACCUGUCGUCCGGCAUGCGCUCCACCCUGCAGUACCGCAGCCUGCCGAGGCCCUCGCGCUCCGGAGCCGCCACCCGCAACGGCAACCGCUCGUCCACCAGCAGCAUCGAGUCCGGCCUCAGCGCCCGGGCUCCGGGCCUGUCGGCCCUCACUGGCCCCUCCAACGCCCACACGCACUCCCACACACACUCCCACACACACUCUCACACACACUCCCACAGCCACACCACCAGCGCCACCACAGCCGUCGCCGCCACCUCAAAGCCCUGCGACGUGCCCAAGGGCGGCAGCAGCACCCUGCCGGCCAACCAGACGGACCGGGAGAAGGGCGCCUCGGAGGUGGACCCUAUGAGGUCCAGUCCCCAGGGCUCCAGCGGAGGAGCUGCCACCAUCCCUCAGACCGCCCGGCAGCAGAGCAGCAAGUACGCAGAGGUGUCCUCACCAACGCUACGCAGGCUCUUUGGUGGCAAGGCUGGUAAGCAGGCUCCGGUCACCACUGCCGAGAGCAUGAAAAACUCGGUGGUCAUCUCCAACCCGCACGCCACGCUGGGACACACCCAGAGCUCGGGGCCCCUGGACUCCCCGUCGACCGGGCCCUGUGGUGGUGGUGGUGGGGGCAGUGGGGGCAGCAGUCCCCUGUACGGGGGCCGGGCGGUGGGUACACUGGGCACUCUGGGCAGCGAACCGGCCUCCAGCCCCGGCUCGGUCUACUCCACGGGCACGGGCACCUGGGGCACGACCAUGAGCAGCUCCUCGGCGCUGGGCUACCCGUCUGUGUCCAGCAUGCACACCAGCAGCGAGUCCAUCGACAUGUCGCUGGGCAGCGGGCCACACCGCGACAACGACGCCGGACACGCCAUGCUGGCCAGGACCGGCAGCGCCAAAACCGCCAUGUCUGAGAGUCCCCUCUCCUCUCCCUCCGCUAGUCCCAAAUUCAGCCGCAACACAUUACCACGGAAACAAGAGAGUGAAGCAAACAGGGAUAGAAACACUCUUCCCAAGAAGGGGCUCAAGUACAGGUACACUCCCUCCUCACAGCUGCGUAGCCAUGAGGAGGCGCGUGAUUGGCUGCGCUCGCACUCCACCAGCGGCCUGCAGGAAUCGGCCAGCAACUCGCCCUUCUCCACCGGCUCCAGCCUCACCUCGCCCUCGGGCACGCGCUUCAACUUCGCCCAGCUCGCGAGUCCUACCACAGCUGCACAAAUCAACCUGGCGAGCCUGCGCAACAACAGCCUGACCAAUCAGGACAACACACUGGACCCAGGAGACUCCCGCCUGCGCAACUCCUGCAUGUCACUGGACGAGAAGACGAGGACCAUGAGCCGCUCCGGGUCCUUCAGGGACGGCUUUGAGGAAGUUCACGGCUCCUCUCUGUCCCUGGUGUCCAGCACUUCCUCCAUCUACUCCACGACGGAGGAGAAAUCACAGUCGGAGAUACGAAAGCUUCGCCGAGAGCUGGAUGCCUCCCAGGAAAAAGUGUCCGCCCUGACGACGCAGCUCAGCGCCAACGCUCACCUGGUGGCUGCCUUUGAGCAGAGUCUGGCGAACAUGACCAUCCGUCUGAAGAACCUGACCAUGACCGCAGAGCAGAAGGACUCUGAGCUGAAUGAACUGAGGAAGACCAUUGAGUUGCUGAAGAAGCAGAAUGCAGUAGCCCAAGCGGCCAUCAACGGCGUCAUCAACACCCCGGAGCUCACAUCUAAGUCUGACAAGACAGCUGGGAGCAAUGGGUCAGGGCAGCCAGACCUGCGCAUCCGCAGACAGCACUCAUCAGACAGCGUGUCCAGCAUCACCAGCGCCACUAGCCACUCCAGCCUGGGCAGCAACAUGGACAACCCCGAAUCGGCCAACUGCAAGAACAAGAAGAAGAAGAACUGGGUCUACGAGUUACGGAGCUCCUUCAAGCAGGCCUUCGGCAAGAAGAAGUCCCCAAAGUCGGCAUCCUCCCACUCGGACAUUGAGGAGAUGACUGACUCGUCCCUCCCCUCGUCACCAAAGCUGCCUCACAACGGCUCUGCCAGCUCCACUCCUAUCCGCAGAACCUCACACUCCAACUCAAUGAUGUCGGACUGCCUAGACGGCGAGGCGGACACAGUGAUGCAGUUGCGGACUGAGCUCAGGGAGAAGGAGAUGAAGCUGACCGACAUCCGCCUGGAGGCGCUAAGCUCAGCCCACCAGCUGGACCAGCUCAGGGAGGCCAUGAACCACAUGCAGUCUGAUAUUGAGAAGCUGAAGCUGGAGAAUGACCGUCUGAAGCUGGAGACCCACGGCAACAGCAGAGCCCCCUCCCAGAGCUCCAUGCACCAGCCCAGCACCCCCGCCCCUGGCCUCUCCCAGCACAGCAUCAACCUCACCGACUCCACCAGCUUCGACAUGUUACUAGACGACUCCGGGGCUGAGGGAAGCUCUCGUAAGGACGGCCGACACGUGAGGAUUGUGGUCAGCUUGGAUGAGGACUGCAAGUGGAGAGAGGAUUGCCGGCCUAAUGAGUUUCUGAUUGGUUGCAUUGGAGUAAGUGGCAAGACCAAAUGGGAUGUUCUUGAUGGUGUGGUGCGGCGGUUGUUCAAGGAGUACAUCAGGCACGUGGACCCCGCAAAUCAUCUGGGCCUGAGCUCGGACAGUGUAGAGGGCUACCGCAUCGGAGAUCUGCUUCGACCCACUGGUGCUCAGACCCCUGAGCUCUUGCCCUGCGGCUACCUGGUGGGGGACAACAACACGAUCAACAUCUCAUUAAAAGGCGUGAGUGUGCAAUCGCAGGACAGCCUGGUGUUUGAGACCCUGAUCCCCAAGCCGAUGCUGCAGCGGUACGUCUCCCUGCUGCUGGAGCACCGCCGCAUCAUCCUCUCUGGACCCAGCGGGACCGGCAAGACCCACCUGGCGGCCCGUCUGGCCGAGCACCUGGUGCUGCGGGAGGGCCGGGAGCCCAGCGAGGCCACCAUCGCUACCUUUAACGUUGACCACAAGUCCAGCAAGGAGCUGCGUCAGUACCUGUCCAGCCUGGGAGAGCAGUGCAGUGUGGAGGGGCAGCAGGCGGACGCGCCACUGGUGGUCAUCCUGGACAACCUGCACCACGUGAGCUCUCUGGGAGAGAUCUUCAACGGCCUGCUCAACUGCAAGUACCAGCGCUGUCCUUACAUCAUUGGCACCAUGAGUCAAGCUACUUCCUCUUCUCCAAACCUGCAGCUUCACCACAACUUCAGAUGGGUGCUGUGUGCCAAUCACAUGGAGCCUGUGAAGGGCUUCCUGGGCCGCUACCUGCGCAGGAAGCUGAUCGAGACGGAGAUCAGCAGCCGCACGAGGAACCAGGAGCUGGUGAAGAUCAUCGAUUGGAUCCCACGUGUAUGGCAUCACCUCAACCGAUUCCUAGAGGCUCACAGCUCCUCCGAUGUCACCAUUGGUCCGCGCCUGUUCCUGUCCUGCCCCAUGGAUGUGGACGGCUCCAGAGUCUGGUUCACUGACCUGUGGAACUACUCCAUCAUUCCCUACAUGCUGGAGGCAGUCAGGGAGGGCCUGCAGUUGUAUGGCCGCCGAGCAGCAUGGGAGGAUCCAGCCAAGUGGGUCCUGGAGACGUUCCCAUGGACACUGAGCCCCCAGCAGCCUGAUUGGCCGGCGCUGCUGCAGCUCCGCCCAGAGGACGUGGGCUUUGACGGCUACUCCGCCCCCAGGGAGGGGGUGUCCAAGCCGUCCACUCAGAGCGACAGUGACGCUGACCCUCUGAUGAACAUGCUGAUGAGACUGAAGGAGGCUGCUAACUGCUCCAGCCCACAGAGCUACGACAGCGACUCCAACAGCAACAGUCACCAUGACGACAUCCUUGACUCCUCCCUGGAGUCCACGCUGUGAUCAACCCUUUUUUUCUUUAUUUUAAAAUUUCACAAAUGACUUUCAGUUUCAAUUUUAUGUUACGGCCAGGCAACAAAAUCUAAUCGCCUCUGUAAGUGUAACCCUAUCUUCAGUCAUGAACGAACACUUUGGGUGCUGGUAACCCAAAACCAGAAAAGGCGUGACCACAGAGACAUGAGAAGAAAUUAAAACUGCACUACUUCUAUUUUUGCAACUAUAUUUCAAGGGGCUUUUUGCAAAGGAUUGUUGGAUGUGAAAAUGGGAGUUGGGAAAAAAAGAGACUUUAAAAGCAUUUAACACUGUGGAGGAAAAUGUUUUGUCCAAAUCCAUUACCUCGCAAAACCCUCUCAUCCCCCCAUUGUACUAAAUGGUAUCCAGAGGAACACUUGGUGCUAACGGCCCCCUCUGCUGGCUGCUUGUGUCACUGCAUGGAGCCCAUUACACCCCUACUUGUAGCAGCCUCACACUUCGCUCUCUGUCCUCUCAACUUCACUCUGACCACCAUUAACCAGCACUUCCUCGCCCAGCCAAUGGGUCAGGUCAUCACCACACCGUCACCAUCUCCCGUUCAAUCUAGCAACGCUUCAUCAGACCAGCAGGAGGCGCUAGCCAAACGUCAUCUCAUGGCUGUUAUAUAGCACUGCACAAGUUAACGGUGUAAGGAGCACAGCAUAAUCAAUCUAUAAUGGUAGCAUUACAAUAUGGAGCACAUGUGAAAACUCAGUAAAAGACUACUCAUCAUCAUGGUCUCCUAACCAGUUUUUAGAUGAUACACGUAUAUCUGCAAUGAAUAUCACUGGCACAUUUUGAAAGGGAGAUGUCCUCAGUCAACUCUCUGAUCAGGCAAAGCAAAGUCACUGACAUGCUGGAAAGAAAGGAUGUUCAACACUCUCAUCAUGGUUCAGAUAGGAUCGUGUGAGAGAUUGCCCUUCCUCACACCCUGCCCAUGUGUCCGUUUUUGGGCUUGGGUUCGGGGGGGUGGGGGGGGGAGGGUGAACUUACAUGAAGUGCUUUUUUCUACCUUAAGUUUACCCUAAAUGCCUGAGCGUCUGAGUAUUGCGUGAAGCCUUGAACAAACGUUUGCCUUCCAGCUGAAAAAAAAAAAAAAAAACCCUGUCCAGACAGUCAGGGUGGUCGCUGGUGGCAUCCCAUGGUGCAUCUGUCCAUCUUCAGCAGAGAGAGGCAAAGUGCUGCUGACCCAUCGCAUCCUGUGCUCUCUCGGACGGGGAGCUGUAGCACAAGCUUCUACAAGCAUCUCUCUUUCUCUUUUCUUUUUGGUGCUGAAAUCAGACUCUGAAAACAAAAAAUAAAAAAAAACAGAUGCCUUACGUUUUUGUAAUGAAAUGAGGACGGUGCGCAUAAGUGUUUUGAUUUGUUUUCCUUUUUUGUGGGAUUGUUUUGCUACUGAAACACAGGGCUGUAUGAUGCUACUUUCUUUGGACUCUGCUUGCUCCACAGUGACCCUUAGUGAAGUGGCAUCCUUCAUCAUAUCAACACCCAAUGCCAUGUUUGUUAGUGGAGCGAAAUUCAAUCGAAGAAAAGCAAAUAUCAAGAAAAUGGAUAUAGAUUGGUUUUGUAAGCUCAAUGCUUCAGUCAGGAUCUAGAAAUGCUGUAAAAUAUCAGUUUAUUUUGCACUGAUCAGUCAGUGUUUAGCCUGAAAUAAGUCAGGUUUUCAUGCCCUGAAGCAAGUCCUCCUUUUUACUAUACGAAUGAUGCCUGAGUGAAAUCUUUCUGAAUAAGGUUAUUUUUUUAUACCUCAUCAACCUUUGGGCCUUUGUCAUGCUUCUAGUGAGACCUAACUGCUUGGGAAAAUAAUUGUAACUGUAGCUGCGGUGCUACAGAUGUGUUCAAAUCACUGUCGGCCAUUGUGUAUGCUGCUGUAUGUUGUCAUUUGGCUUUAAUUGAUUGAACAAAUGGGAGAGGCUGAAGUGUUGGAGCCUCAACAUGAGCGUUUGUGUGUAGGAUGGUUAUUGUUAUCAUUACUCUGAUUUAAACGUGUGUUAAUCCUGCAGCCUUGCAGCCGCUCUGGCUUCCAUGACAUCUCAGCGUGUGUGCCCAGUCUACCAAUCCUAUGCAACAUCAUUUUGGAUUUGAAAUGGAAGCCAAAUACCUUUUUUUUGUUUUGUUUUUGUUUGUUUGUCUGUUCUUCAAACAUCUUCAGCACUGCCAAGACCAUGUACAUUGUGUGUGUAUAUUAUAUAUAUAUACAUAUAUAUAUAUAUAUAGUUUGUGAAUAUUGUUUUGUUGUCCCCGUGAGUUCCCAGGGCUUUGUGUACACAUGCAAGCACAAGAGAUGUGUAUGUUUUGUCUGUGACCUAGAGUGAAAAUCAGACGUCUGGAUGUGCUAAAUUAAAGGAUGGUUUGUCUGCCAGAGAAAUUUGUCCAUACAGACAAGUCUGUUUGACGCUGUGCUUUUUCCUUUGUACAGUUUUGCCUUGUAUGAUAAAGCAAUGUAAAUAUUUGCAUACCAGCUGCAAUUUUUGAUGAUAUUUCAAGUCAUUUAUAACAGAGCUUGAAGAUAUGUGAGUAUUUUAUGGACAACCUUUUUUUCAUCUGCCAGGUGUUUAGAGUUCAUCAUAAACUAAAUGUAAAAUGAGCAAGUCAAUUGAACUAUGAAUCUGAUGAUCUCUGUGCCAGUCUUAAAUUAUUUGUAAUUCAAUAAAUGAUUGAUUAUUUAUUCAUGGUGGAAAUGAAAUGUGAUUAUGUGAUGGGACAAAUGUAUUCUUGAUAAGGGGUUGUUUUGUAUUUCUGAUAUUUCGCCUCUUAAAAUAUAUAGUUAUUUUGAGAGUGGAGUUCAGGACUGAAGCAUGCCUUUCCCAAGCAAUAAAUAAGGGCUCUCUUGUCAAA